UUUCCUUCCUAUACUAUGAGUUGUUUUCUCAUCAAUAUUUUAUUAACGAUUGUUUUUUACCCAUCUUGUUUUUCAAAAAUUGUGUCAUUCUAUAUAUCCGUCUUUAUGGCACUCUUUAUUUGACUCUCACAUCCUCAGAACCAUUUAUUUAAAGCCUUUGCAAACAUUUUCCUUUCUUAUUCAAUGCCUCUUAUAUUUGAUAAUAUAUCCGUUUUAAAGUACUGUUAUCUUGUUGUUAUUUACCAUAUUUAUCUUUAAAUGAUGUCUAUUAUUGCACUAUGUUAAUUGUUUUGUUAUGUUUUAUUAAAUGUAUUUGUUUGUUGCUCUGUCCCUUUCACCAGUCCACUUCCUUGUAUGUGUGAUGUCGUUGGCAAAUAAACGAUUCUGAUAGUUGUGAAGCACUUAGAUUUUUAAAAAAUCAAGAAAUAAAUCUUGCCUUCAUGUCUUUAAAAUGUUUGAUAACCUGAGCAAUUAAAAACAAAUAUCUAAAUUUCUUUCCUUGAAAAAAAAGUGUCAACCGGAAGUCGCCGAUCUUUUACUUUGAAAACCCGACCGUUUGGGAGCAUCCUGACGUCUUCUCGGAGCACAAAGUGAAAACGCAUCUCCUCCUCGCGCGCUCCGAAGCCCCGCGAAUCCACCGGGGCGGGCUCCUCUCUCCUCUGACGCCUUCUGGGAAGAAACUGUUGUUAUUAUCUUAUUUAUUCUUAUCUUCCGGCGCCGGGUUUUCUGCUUCUUCUUUUUUUUUUUUGCACGGAAAUCUCUUUUUUCAUUUUGUAUUAAUUAAUUAUUUAAUUUGGGUCCGCGGGAUGCCGACGGCCACCGUCCCCAGCAGCAGCAGCAGCAGCACUGCCGGAGGGCCGUCGGGCCAGGCAGGACGGCCGGGAUCCAACCAGCACACCUAGCAGCAGCCUGAACUGACCUUUGACCUUUGACUCGUCUUCCUCAUGCCUGAUGGAACCGGAGUCUGAAGGAUGACAGCGAGUCGGAGGAGGAGGGAGCCGAGAGCCGCGGGACGGGAACGCCACUCGGACAAAAAGAUGUGAACGCUCUUCUUCAUGCGCUCAUCAACCCUCACGUCAACAACAACACAUCUCACAAACAAACAAACAAACGACCGCCUCUCGCCGGCGGGCCCUGCGUUUUGUUUUUGUGAAGGCGGAGUUUAAGAAUCAGAGACCGGCCAAUGAGAUCGUGUCCAAUCACGACAAACCGACUCCACGCGACCGCACGUCCAACACGCCGAGCCGACGGCGUGUUCUGGUCUCUGUGAAUCUGGGCAGAGUGAGACCUCGCCAUGACGCACCUCCACGCCGGCCUGAGCGCCGACGCCACGGAGAAGGCCCGGCAGGAGCUGAACGAGAACCCCGACACGCUGCACCAGGACAUCCAGCAGGUGCGGGACAUGAUCGUGUCGCGGCCCGACAUCGGCUUCCUGCGGACGGACGACGACUUCAUCCUCCGCUUCCUGCGAGCCAGGAAGUUCGACCCGGCGGAGACGUUCCGGCUGCUGGCGCAGUACUUCCAGUUCCGGCAGCAGAACCUGGACAUGUUCCAGAGCUUCAAGGUGGACGACCCUGGUAUCAAGCGUGCGUUGAUGGACGGUUUCCCCGGAGUUCUGGAGACGCCGGACCAACACGGGAGAAAGAUCCUCAUCCUGUUCGCCUCCAACUGGGACCAGAGCAGGAACUCCUUCACAGACAUCCUCCGGGCGAUCCUCCUCUCCCUGGAGGUGCUGAUCGAGAACCCGGAGCUCCAGAUCAACGGCUUCGUUCUGAUCAUCGACUGGAGCAACUUCUCCUUCAAGCAGGCGUCCAAGCUCACGCCCACCAUCCUGAAGCUGGCCAUCGAGGGCCUGCAGGACAGCUUCCCGGCCCGCUUCGGGGGCGUCCACCUGGUGAACCAGCCGUGGUUCGUCCACGCCAUGUUCACCAUCAUCAGGCCCUUCCUGAAGGACAAGACCCGGAAGAGGAUCUUCCUCCAUGGUAACAACCUGAACUCCCUGCACCUCCUCCUGCAGCCUGAGUUCCUCCCCUCAGAGUUCGGGGGGACGCUCCCUCCCUACGACGUGGGCAUCUGGGCGCGGACGCUCCUCGGGCCGGACUACAGCGACGAGACGGAGUACCUCCUCACCUACGACGCGCUGCACGUCCGGGGGGAUAAGGAGGCGCUGAGGAGGUCUCAGUCGGUGGUCGAUCCAGAAACUCUGAGACAAACGGACAGAGAGACGAGUACACCACUGCUGGCUCUGGACUGAAGACACACACACACACACACACACACACUGAAGUCGUCUCACACACACACACACACACACACACUGAAGUCGUCUCACACACACACACUGAAGUCGUCUCACACACACACACUGAAGUCGUCUCACACACACACACUGAAGUCGUCUCACACACACACACACUGAAGUCGUCUCACACACACACACACACACACACACUGAAGUCGUCUCACACACACACACA